AUGCCGCGAGUUGUCGACUACGCGCCAGCCUGGCUAUCCAGGCCUUCGCCGGGGGCUACUUUUUUUUCAAGCUCGAGCUCGAAGAAGCCAAGCGAGAAUGACGCCGAGUCGUAUUUUGGGCCCACCAACAUAUUAGCCCGGAGGGGCACUGAGGUGUUCGCAGUGGUGGACAAUCAGAUUCGGUGGGCAAAUCUUGCUCUCCUAAAAGAUCAGUGGCAGGAAGGCGUGAGGCAAAAGAGAAGAGAAACGGGCUAUGGCUCUGACGAAACCGACACUGUGUCUUCAGGGUCUGUAAGGAUUUCCAAGAAUGGCGCCGGGAACAAAACGAACGGGGGCAGUUCUGAGGUUGAAUCAAGAUACAGGGUUCUUACGGCACCGAUAUAUGGCCAAAUAAGACAGCUUAUACCGUCUCCGAAUGGCGCAUUCCUCGCUAUCCUGACUACCCACACUAUUCACAUCGCCAUCUUACCGGACUCGUCGCAUUUGUCAAAUCCUGAUUAUUCUCCUCUCAGGCUACGAACAUAUCAACUUGGUCCUGCCACACAUGUCAUCCCUGAAUCACCGGUGGUUAAGGCGCUAUGGCACCCGCUAGGCGUAUAUGACAAUUUUGGAGGCUGUAUCGUAACCGUCACGGCAGACUCAGCAGUCCGCGUUUGGGAAAUUGAUCGAAGGGAUAAUUGGUCUUUUGAUCGUCCUACCCUAGCCAUUGAUUUGAAAAAGUUGGUCGACGGAACGUCUUCGGACGAAGACUUUGCACCCUCUGGAUUCGGUCAAAAUAAAGGGUUUUCUGCGGACGUGUUUGACAUGGAAGCUGCUUCAGCAACUUUUGGCGGUCAUGGAUACGACGACGAGGAUGCAUGGGCAUCGAUGACUCUGUGGGUGGGAAUGAGGCAAGGCGAUGUCUACGCGCUUUGCCCUCUAUUACCUUCAAAAUGGCGGGCUCCUGCCCUAGCCAUUUCUUGCUUGACAACCUCGAUAAUCCAUAAAUUAGCCUCAGUGCAAGAGGACACUGCGGAGGAAAAUGACGAUCGAAAAGCUGUUGAGCAGCGGUAUACAUGGCUUCGAGAAAUCGACAAUCAAGAGCCAAUACAAGUUGAGGAUGACUUUGGACUCGCAGAAAUACGGGUUCGCCCAGCCCAGCCCAGUCCCAUACCACGGUUGCAGGGCCCAUUUCAAUUUGAUAUUGAAGAAGAGCCGGAUGACCUUGACAUUACGGAUAUUUAUGUUAUUGCCGCCAAGCCCGAAACAGACGAUCUUUUGGCCGGUGAAGAUGAUCGAGAUAUUAUUGAUGAGAGCAAACAGGACGGCAUAUCUGGAACCAUCAUUUGCCUUGCUACUGAAAAGGGGAUGGUGCACAUAGCUCUUGAGAUGGAUGGGGUUGAGGGUCAGUGGCUCCCUGGCAGCAGCCAGGGCACCUUUACCACACCGAUGUCCGAUGCUUCAGAGCUAUUACUACUUGAGUCUUUGGAGACUGUUCGAGAGAAGCAUCUUCAACCGAACUCUUGGCCUAUUUUCUCAGAAGAUUCUGGAUCGAGGUAUAAUUUUUUCCUGACAACAGCCAACAAUGUUACCUUCAUUUCCCUCUCUUCGUGGGUACAGCGGCUAGAGCCAGAGUUACAGUCGGCAGAUACAGCUGGGUCGGCCUUUCGGAUCAGCGUCAUAUGUGACGGCUCUAUUGCAGAGCGGGAGCAGAUCAUUCAGAUUUCUGCCUCUAGAUCCUUGGGUGGUCCCGAACACCUUACAAACAGUCUAGUGAUGUACGACUUUGAUUUAGGUUAUAUGUUGCUCACAUAUGUGCCGUCGCAAGUAUACGCUUUGGUGUUGGAAUCCGCUGCAUCUGGGGAGUUGGAGAGCACUCAAGAAUUGGUCCCGUUUGAACCAGACGCCGCCAACUACCAAACCCAUAUGCCUAUCCCUCAACGGGCUCCGUAUCAAGUCCCCUCAAUAUUUUACGCUACCAAUCCAUUGACAACGUUUAUCGAUGAUCACGUAUCCCAUGGCCGCAAGCACACUCUAAAAGAGCCCAUUCGCCUUUCCCCCGCGACACUCGAUAUUAUUGCCACUGCCCAUCGAAUACUAAGUGCAUAUACGCAUGCGCUUGAAAAGGCCGCUUCGGUUCUUUUCCGCAGGUGCGAGAGACUGCAAGGGGAGAUGCGCGACCAGUUGAAUCAACUAGUAGACCUUGCAGAAAGAAUCAAUGAUGUCUCGCAGGGAACCGUCCGCCGUGGCCCAACCACUUGCAAGCUCUUGAGAGCUGGUGGACGACCAAUAAGCGAUAAAGAGAAUAGCUGGGUUCGAGAGGUGAACACGCUCGCGGAUUCGAUGGGGGGCGUAGAGAGCGAUAAGCAGUCAAAGCUGAUCGAAAGGCUGAACACGGUCAAAUCUUUAGCUGAAGAGCUUGUUUCUGAAGCGAAACGUUCACCUGAAAGCUCCAAAGAAAGCCGAACGUUCAGUCCGGAUGCCCGUUCAAGCCCACUUAGGGUUCCGCCUUUAUUACAAAAGGCUAAAGUUGCAGAAGCAAUGGAUAUGGUUGAAAGAGAGUAG